UUUGAUCACUGCCAAUAUGGCGGCCUCCAUACGCUAUGUUCCGUGCAAGACGUGCGGGUUUCACAAGUCAUUUUCAAGAUACAAAUUUCACAGAUUCUACUCGAAAAAUGUCAGGCUGCAGUCUGGGUGGAAGAGCGUGGUGGGGCUGGAGAUACAUGCCCAGAUACAGUCCAACUCCAAGCUGUUCUCUGCCUCAGCUACAAAGUAUGGAAGUCCAAUCAACACACAAGUCUCCUUCUUUGAUGCUGCCCUACCUGGCACCCUGCCGGUGCUGAACCGGGAGUGUGUUGCAGCCGGUGUGCUCACAGCGCUGGCCCUCAACUGUCACAUCAACAGUGUGUCAAAGUUUGACAGGAAACACUACUUCUAUGCUGACCUGCCGGCAGGUUACCAGAUCACCCAGCAGCGGCAGCCCCUGGCAGUCGGGGGAGAGGUCUGCUACAUGACCGUCCACCCCAACAGGCAGUUGCCUCCGACACACAGGAAGGUCCGGCUCAUACAGCUGCAGCUGGAACAGGACAGUGGCAAGAGUCUCCACGACCCCGCAGGUCACAUCAGUCUCAUCGACCUCAACCGAGCAGGUGUUGGGCUGAUGGAGAUUGUGACAGAGCCAGACUUCACCGACGGAGAUGAUGCUGCAGCAUUUGUGAAGGAGCUCCAGUUGAUACUGCAGACCCUGGGGACCUGUGACGGCAAGAUGGCAGAGGGUUCGUUACGAGUCGAUGCCAACAUCUCUGUACACAAGCCUGGACAACCACUUGGGGUGAGGAGCGAGGUGAAGAAUAUCAACAGCACUAGGGGUGUCGCCAAGGCUAUAAACUUUGAAAUAAAACGUCACAUCAAAGAGCUAGAAGCUGGGCGUGAGAUUGUCAAUGAAACCAGGUCAUUUGACUCGCAUACUGGAAAGACGAUUGCCAUGAGAGAUAAAGAGAGACUGAUUGACUACCGCUUCAUGCCAGAGCCCAACCUGCCUCCCCUUCAUGUGUGCACGACCGUCACAGGCCAAGCCGGGCUGGAGGAUGCCCUUGUCAUAGACCAAAUACAGGCCUCCAUGCCCCAACUCCCCACUGAGACCCGCGCACGUCUACAGGAGCAAUAUGGCCUCUCUCUGUCUGUUGUCCUUACUCUCAUUAAUGAAAGGAUUGUGCCCUACUUUGAGACUGUGAUGAGGGAGAAGAAUAGAGAUGCCAAGUCUGUGGCCAACCUCCUGGUCAAUGAACUGCUCGGGCAGCUCAACUCACUCUCACUGACCUUCCCUGACAGCCCCAUUUCCACAGAACAGUUUGGAGAGUUGUACGAUAUGUUUCAGAGAAGAGAAGUGUCCUUUGACAUCGUUAGGAAGGUGUUGGCAGAGAUGUGUCUGAAUCCUGAUAGCACCCCUCGGGUGAUUGUGACAGCCAAUGACUGGUUCCAGAUACAGGCCGUGGACAGACUGGCACCUGCAUGUGAAGAAGCUGUGCACCAGCAUCCACGAUCUGUGGAGGAGUACAAGCGUGGGAACUAUAAGGCCAUCAGGAGAUUGGUGAACCACGUGCAGAGGAACAUGGAGCACCGCGCUGACCCUGUGGUAGUCAUACAAAUAUUGAAGAACUUGAUGGACUGAUGGAUUGUUACGUAAAUAAACUAUCAAUUCUA